AUGGCCCCUAUCAUUGUCUUCAUCACCGGUGCCAAUCGUGGCUUGGGUCAAGGGCUGGUCAAGGGUUUCGUCGCUAAACCGGGCCAUAUUGUUAUAGCUGCUGUCCGCGAUCCAGCGCACUCGACCUCCCAGGCACUUGCCGAGCUUUCCACAGGCGAGGGUAGCCGUGUGAUAGUAGUCAAGUAUGAAGCGAGCGUUGAGCAGUCUCCCUUUGAUGCUAUCAAAGAAGCUACCGAUCAGGGAAUCACCCAUCUCGACAUUGUCGUCGCCAAUGCCGGCAUUGCCAAAUUAUAUCCUCUCGUGAAGGACGUCAGGCGGACCGAUAUAGUGGAGCAUAUUGAUGUCAACGUAUUGAGCGUUGUCUCGUUGUACCAGGCUACACGUGAUCUGCUGCAGAAGUCGACUGGAAAGCCCAUUUAUGCUAUUAUGGGAUCCGGGGCCGGUGGUCUCGCACGUCAACCCCCAGUCCCAAGUGCGGCGUAUGGUGCAUCCAAAUCGCUUCUCAACUGGUAUGGCGUUCGGAUCAACGCUGAGGAUGAAUGGCUCAAUGCGUUUGUCUUGGAUCCUGGCUGGGUACAGACCGAGAUGGGCAAUGCUGCUGCGCAGCUUUGGGGCCUGGAGGAGGCGCCGGAUAGCUAUGAGAAUUCCAUCACCGGGAUGGUUGAGGUUCUGAGCACGGGUACUAAGGAGCAGUAUGGCGGCAAGUUCGUGCGGUUCUCGGGUGAGGUCCAGGAAUGGUGA